AUGCAGUUUGGUGUUAUCUUUCUAGCCCUCUUCUUCCUCACCAUCAGUCACGUUCAAUGCGGUCCAGAUGAUGAUAUUAAGAAUAGGAAGGUAGUCGCGAUACCUUUCAAAAAGUUCUCAGAUGGACAAACACGAAUCCUCCUGGUGACAAUGAAAGACAACGAGGACAAAGGGCCGAUGUUUGUACGAGGACAUGUCAAGGAACGCGAGGCGAGCAACACCUGGAACGCCGCGAACCGCGAAACGGAGGAAGAAACCGGCUUUGAAAACAAGGUCGGCCAUUCGGGCGAAACUUUCGUAUCACAGCAUCCCAAAAAACGCUUCGACAUUACAAUGCACCCUUAUACUGUCGAAAUCACUAGUGCGGUGUCUAAGGACACAGUAGACAAAGGAAAACGUAGAUUUGAAUGGGUCCUCCCAUCCCAGGUGGAAGACCGCAUAUCAAAGGACGAAAUGGUACAAGCCUGGGGUAAACUAAGAUCCGUGUUCCACGUCUGA